GCGGGCGCAGGGCAGCCAUGGUGCGCAUCACAGAAGAUCUUGUUAGAAGACGUGCAGAACAUAAUGACUGUGAAAUUUUUUCACUGGAAGAAAUCUCUUUACAUCAGCAGGAAAUAGAAAAACUUGAGUAUCUUGACAAAUGGUGUCGAGAUUUAAAAAUUCUCUAUCUUCAGAAUAAUCUAAUUCCAAAAAUUGAAAACGUGGGCAAACUAAAGAAGCUGGAGUAUUUAAAUGUAGCUUUGAACAACAUCGAAAGAAUUGAAAAUCUGGAAGGCUGUGAAGAACUACAGAAACUUGACCUGACAGCAAAUUUCAUUGGUGAACUCUCCAGUAUUGAAACCCUAAAAUAUAAUAUACAUCUAAAGGAACUAUUUCUAGUGGGUAACCCAUGUACUGAAUUUGAAGGUUAUAGGCAAUUUGUGGUGGCAACUCUUCAUCAAUUAAAAUGUUUGGAUAGUAAAGAAAUAGAACGUUCAGAGAGAAUUCAGGCACUUCAAAACUAUCCAGAAGUAAAACAGAAAAUCAGAGAACAGGAACAAGCUUACCUUCUCAAAAGGGCCAGAGAAAAAGAAGAGGCUCAAAGAAGAAUGCAAGAAAGACACGACAAGAAGCAAAAACAAAUGGAAUCUAAGCUUGGAUUUGACAGCCCAGACUCCCUACAGAACAAAGAAAAUGAUGGAGACAGAAGGCAAGAAACUGUUGAAGAUAAUGAAGAAGACAGAAGAUUUUGGGAGGAGCCUACACCGUACACUCCAGAAACUAGAUUAGAAACUCACAGAUACAUUGAAGAAAAACGGAGAGCUAAAGAAAAUAGAAGGGAAUCAAAAAAGGGAGAGAAGCCACUUCGGACUCUGGUCACUGCAGAAGGGAAAGUUCUCAAUGUGAAUGUGCCCAAGCUUCAUUUCUCUUUGAAAGAUGAUGAAGAAAACAACCAGAUCAUCUUGGAUCUUGCUGUUUAUAGACAUUUGGACACUUCUCUGCUUGAUGUUGAUGUCCAGCCAAUGUACAUACGAGUGUUGGUGAAGGGAAAGCCUUUUCAGCUUGUGCUCCCUGAGGAAGUGAAGCCAGACAGCAGCUCUGCUAAAAGAUCACAAACAACUGGGCAUUUAGUUGUCACCAUGCCAAAGGCUAAAGAAAUAAUCCUGGCUAAGCAAAAAGUAUCAGCUUCAAUUAAAGAUUCUGACUGCAACACAUUGCAAAAAAAUACAAGAAGGAGUGUACAAGUUGAGAAACUGGAAGUGGAUCCCAGUAAAUAUUCAUUCCCUGAUGUGACAAAGAUAGUCCAAGAAAAGGAACGAGUUGGACAGGGCCCUAUUAGGCUACAACCAAAAAUUACAGAGGCUACAAAGAGUCAUGUUGAUUUUGAAAAUAAUGAAGAUGUUCCUCCCUUAAUUUGAAGCAUUUUUAAGUAGUCCCUCUAUAUGUGGCUUUUAUGCUUCAGUUGUUUUCAUGACCUUCUGUGUAAAGUAAGCUGAAGUUGGAAAUAUCAUAAACUUUGAUAUGUCACUGUUUUCUGCUGCAUUUUCUGUCAGUAUAUUGCUAUAUAAAUCCUUUUUUUCUAGACUGUUUACUUAGUAAGUCUCAAAUCAGAAUAGGAGUCAUAUAAAUCAGACCUUGUUUCUUCAAAGCAUUUACUGUCGAGCUUGAAAAAUGACAUAGUACUGUAGAAGAAGAAAACACUUGUAACAAGAUUUAUUAUUAUUCUGACUAAACUGAUGAUGGCAAAAAUCUCUGUGGAUUCCUUCAGUGUUUUCUUUUUCAUGAAGGACAACAUUAAAAGAAAAAAAAACUUAUUCUGGGAGUGAGAGACAUUGCUGUAACCUACCAUCAGGGAAUUUUCCUGCAUAAUGCAGACCUCCUGGAUUCUGGAGCUGGUAUGACAAUGCCAUUCCUUGAAGAUUCUGGGACACAAUAACAUUGAGUCAGGAUCUCAGAUGUUGCAGGUUGGAGAAAUGAGUGAGACCACUCUUGUUCUUAAUGUAGCUGCUCUUAACUCUUCCAUCUUUUUCAGGAUCUCCUAACAAUAUCAACGCUCAUUUUCAGCUGUUGGAUGAAAUAAGGUUGAGCAGCUGUGAUGGGAUGAGCUGCUCCUUCCCUACCCUCCAGCCCUUUUUAAGCAAUGAAGAGAUUCCAUUAUCAAAUUUUUUCCCUGGUGUUCUUGGUUGCUCAAUGAGUGAAACAGGCAGCAUCAAAGAACAAAUGUAUACUUGCCAUUUAGCAAGACUACAUUUUUACUGGUUUAUUUUGUUU